CAGCGCACGAGGUCGUCGAGUGCGCGCUCACCGCUACAUCCCGAAGCGUUCCAUAGCGUCUCCCUGAAUGUAGCAAGCGCAACAUGCCGCUGUCCCUGGUGCCCCCUGAAAGUGUGGGCGAGCUGUUGCACUUCCAGCCGGCACUCGUUGACAGUGCUACCCAGGGUCAUCUGGAGAACACUGUCACAGGACACAUCAAUAAAUGUGGUUCAAGGGCAACGCUGAGUUGCGGCUCGUUGCUGCGGGGCUACCACACGAAAACGGGCUGCCUGUACUCCGAGCUCCAUGUCGGGCGGCAGGAGCGGCCGCUCGUGGGGCCGUUUUUGGAGCUGACAAAGGGCGACUUCGUUUACCUGGUGGUGGCCGUGCGCGGGGGUUCGGGAGGACCCUUGCUCUGUGUGUGCCAUCCGGUCAGCGGGCGCGUAAUGCGUGCCAUCCAUCUCAUCGCACCGGUCACCCACCUGUGCCUGGUGAGCGCAGAGGGACUGGGCAGCCUGGCUGGUGGCUGCGUGGCUCUGGCUACUGAAGAUCGCCAGUUACUGCUCCUGGACCUGUGCUUGGACGGCGCACGUCACUACUCGGAUGAAUCGAGGCCCGCCACCCUGGUGGCCCUGGAAGGCGUCUUCAGUGAUGAGCUGCCACCUGUCCAUCCAGUCCAUGCGGCUCCCGUGCAUGGCAUUGUGCACCUCUGCAAUCUGGAUGACCUUGCAGCCUUGGAUAAUAUGGCGGUUGUAAAUGGAGACACGGAGGUGACAUGCCUGCAGUGGCUGCCCCAACUGCGCUGCCUUGGCAUUGGUCUGGGCUGUGGCAUAGUCUACCUUUGGGACGUCCACAAGUCAUGUUCUACGCUGGUGACUACCCUACAGUCGGACCUUCCUGUGGUGUCCCUGGCCCUGCAGGAGCCUGAGAAUGAUCCUCGAUGCUGCUGCUACCUGUGGGUGGCCCAGGGAUCCACCUCUGCGGCCUCAGCAAGCACACCGUUGACCUGUUUCUCAGUUGCCACGAUGCACGCCCUCAGCUUCCAGAAGAAAGAGCCGAGUCAGGAUGGGCACCACUUCUAUAAGGGCUGUGUUUCUGGUCGGCUAAUGUUUGAGUACCAGCUGGGGCCCGACGUGGUGGCUGGCAUGGAGAGUGCCGUGGGCCAGUCGGCGCAGGAUGGAGAACUGCUGGGAUCUCGCAUCCUGUCAUUCUGCACGGUGGGGUCGCCCAGUAUCGCGUGCACGGCUGGCGAUGUGGCCUUGUCGCCUACCGGAACCACACGGCCAGGCUCGGAGCGUGUGGAAGACCUGCUGCUCAUCUCCUGGCAACUGGUACGGGGUAACCGCGUGCUGGGCACUUACCUGUCGGUGUUUGACAUCAACCAGUGGUACCGGGCACAGAUGCCGCGGGCCUUCAGGGCCAAUUCCUUCCAGCUGUGCUCCUUCAUUGGCCUCUUCUCGCUGGCAGAACUGGUUGCAAAGUGUGGCAACCACGCUGUCCUGGAUGUGCGGGUGCAGCCGUCUACGGUGAAGAGAUUCUACUCACCAAACCCCAUGGUUGAGCAGGCUCACUUUCCAUCAUCGCUGGCAUUCUCAUGCAUCUGCUUGACAACAGAAGGCACAGUCGAAGCAUCAUUCUUGGGCCUGCAGCGACAGCUGCUUCACUACAUAAAUGUGGAAGGUCCGACAUGCCUCAGCAACGCCAGUGACCUCUACGUACGUCUCUCUGUUGUUGGUCUCAUUGGUGACGGCCGCCAUUCUGGAGGAUCACACCUGAGUCCCGCAGCGGCUCAGAAAGCAUUGCUAAAUAUGGCACUAGAAAAUCGAAUGAUCGGAUUCCUGGUGGCCUGCCUCCGCGGGCACCUCUCUGGAGAACCAUUGUUGCCCUUCAUGUUGGACUGGGUCUGGGCCAAGGUCAAAGAGGUCAAGCGUGCCUUGGACAUCUUGUACAUGCCGCUGUUCGACUGUUCGGGUCAGGAUGCCACGAUGAUUGGCCGGCGAAUGUCAACACACCUCGAGGAGCUGCGCAUCUUGAACAGGCUGCUGGAGCACGCAUCAAACAUGCAGGUUGACAACCGGGACGUGCUGUGCGUGUGGCGCGAGGUGACGGGCCUGCUGACGGGACACCUGUCGGUGUUGCUAUUUCUGCUGCAAUCUGGCAUCCUGCCCGAUCACCGUGUGGGCGAGGGCCUGGCCUACCCCUACGGCAUCCUCAGCACCUGGUGCCAGCAGGCCAGGACUGAUGCAGGUGGUAGGCUGCUGGUGGAUGUGCUGAUGGAGGCAGUCCUGGAAAAGUCGGACGAUGCCAACCCUUCCGGCCCCUUGAGGGGGCCCUACCCUCCGCAUAGCCUCCAGAGGGCCACUGACCUUUACCUGCUGCGUGGGCUCGAACCUUGGAUGCCACAUGUCGUCACUUACUACCUCCUCUUGGACAUCUCCAGUGUCAUUGUCCUCGAAUAUCAAGAGGUCAAGGAAGAGCUGGAGGACUUUCCAGUCGUGUUUAACUUGGGGACUGACCUGCUGAGCAUCGUCCAGGGCAUCUGGUACCUUGACCAUGGCAGACACAAGGAGGGAACGGAGAAGCUGCUGCAUUCACAUUCAGUGGCCACCUUGAGCAUGCGGCCGUUGCUGAGCACCCUGUGGGCUCCCGUGGUGCGCCACCUGCUACGGUGUGGGCAAGCCCCGCUGGCCCUGCGCUUGCUUGACCACUUGAAGGCAGUCUCCACGUCCGAGCAGAUGGCCCUGCAGUUGGACACCCUGCUGGCCAACAGGCGAGUGGUUGAUGCCCUCGAGCUGGUGCGUAGGCACAGCCAUCUCUCCAGCCUGGAUCAGCUGCUUGGCUGCAUUGUUGCAAUGGCCAGAAAGGCACCUUCGUUGGAGGCACGCACACUGUUUCAGGAGUUUUUGCGGGUGCCCCUGUCAGCUGCUGAGGAAGAGCAGCUGAUCAAUUUUUUCUGCGAGCUGGCUGACCCCACGUGGAUGUGCCAUUUGAUUCUGCACUUCCUGGAGUGCAAGCGGCCACAUGCGGCAGUCACGCUUACUGCGGGUCUCCGCGAGCUAUUCCGGGAGGGCAAAGCACAUCGGACAUACUCCUCGGACGUGCGCGAACAAGCAUUUGCCACGCUGGAAUUGGUGCAGGGCUUCAUGCGGCUCGUGCCACUGCCAGCAUCGCAGCUCAACGCAGCGGCACGCAGGCGGAGCCAGUCAGGCAAGCCCGUACAACACCUGGGGACACUGGCGACCCGGGUGCCUCACAAAGGCACCACACCACGGCUCGUGACGCGGGUGUCUGCGCUACGUGCCACCAUGGAUCCUGCAGAGGCAUCAAAGCCUCCAAAGCUGCCACUGCCUCCCAUCAGAUUGGCAGCAAGUGAAUCACGUACACGAACACCCACGUCGAGAGGCCGGCGCUCGAGUCUCCACAGUGGACUGGAAGUGGAAGCACUGUCGAUGCUGCGCACGCCUCCAGUCAAGCUCUGGCAGGGCAAAACGGAGUCGACUCCAUCUGCGGCGCAGCCAUCAACGAGCACACCUGCAUCCAUCCUGAAGCGGCGAGCAGUAGACCUUCCACCAGUGACAACCACCCCAGUGGUUCGAGGAAAUGCACCGGAGCGAGACCUGGGCACCUGUCCGACACCCGUGGAGCUCGACGAGGACGUCUGCCCAACACCAGAGCCGUUGGUCCGGAGGCUGAGGUUUGCAGUGUCCGAUUCUUUCAGCUCGGAGAAUAGCCAUAACCUUGAUGCAACUGCUGAAAGCGUGGAGGCAGAGUCAUCUCAGGCUUCCCAGCCUGAACAGCAGGGCUCCACUGAAGAUCAGAUGAGCUCACCAAAGAUGGAGGCAGAUCUGUCCAGUGACCGUUCAAGCCAGUUCCAUACUGCCUCGGAAAGUGAAAGCGAAGAGUCCGUCACUGACCUACAGGACAACCCUUUAGAGCCUGUCCCAGCAUCUUCGACACCAAAGUGCCCUCCCGCUUCACAGCCUGAGGCCACUACUGGCCUGCAUGCAGAUGGUGGCAAGGCACCGGUGCUGGAUGCUAGUCCGACUGCAGGCUCUUCCCCCCCUGGGCACAAGGGACUGCUGCCAGCAUUCCUAAUCCAGGAGACUGCAAGGCGCUUGCAUGGGCCAGCGGGGCAUGACACCACACUUGCUGGAUCACCCAGGCCAGCUGAUGCGGCAGCACCAUCCCAGAUGGCAGCGGCAGCCUUGCCAUCAAGUCCUGCAAAGAGUGACACGGCAGCAGAUGAGGAGGACCUGGAUGGAACUCCAUUGGCAGACGACGACGAAAAUGAACCACACCUUCCACCGGGUAGCACAGACUUGGGUAAAGGGCCAUCAUUUUUGCCCAAAGGAACAGCUGCACCUCAAGCGCCUGGCGGCUUGCCGGACAAGACAAAGAUGUCUACCGGACCGGUGGAAGCCACUCCUCUGCAAGACGACGACGGCACCGAGCUGGCAGAAGAAGUGUCGGUGCCGUACUUCUGAGGGGUCUGCGAUGUCCCUGCCUGUGCCGAAAUUUGCAGCUGCCGAAAGGCAUGCUACCAGAACAGAGGUCAGAGUGGUCGAAGAAGUGGUUGCAACUACUUCUUCCGAUAGUAA